AGAUUAUAAUCCAGUGUCUGCUUGUUGUCUCAGUGGUUGGGUGUAAUUUGUUACAAUGGGGUUUUUUGAGUUUGGGAGAGAUGAGAGAUUUCCCACUCAAUAUGAUGCAAAACGAACUGCCGUUACUGUGGAUUUGGUAGAUGCUGGGCUUGCUACUGCCUGCAUUAUCUUAGGAAUCUCGUUUUUCAUUUCUCUGCUAACAAGGAAGCUUAAAACGAAUGUGAUUGUUUUUACACGAGUCUACGCAACUAUCUUGAUAGGAACACUACUACUAAUAAACAAUUUCGGCCAAGAAUGGGAAGUAGGCGAAAUAAAGUCGGUAAUGGCUUAUAAAGCAGGAAGUAAACAUGAAAUCAACGGGACGGUAUCAUUAAAAAUAGCUUUGAGAGGAAUUAACGUUACUUUAAAAGCUGACGUUGAUCCGACUGGUCCAUUGAAAAAUGAAACAAUAGAUUAUAAUGAAAGAUUCGAAUGGAUAUGGGAUCAGGGAAGAUUUGGAUUUGGACCAUACGCCGGUUUAUUGCAACGAGAGUUCAGAGAGGCCCAAUACAGAGGAGCACCACUACCUAUCAUUUGGGUUGUAGAUUAUUUUGUAAUAGAUGGAGAAGGUCAGCGUUUUGGACGAUUUUAUAGGACGGCAGGAUGGUAUACGCACCAAUUGAUGUGGACAGCGUUUCCUUGUUGGAUCUUAUCCACGAUUUUGUUCAGAUCAGUCAUUCGAUAUGGAGCAUAUUUCCUUGGAUUAUGCGGUGGCUUGCAGUUGUUGGGAAACCUUAUUUAUUUAGUUGUACGUAAUCCUUUCCCGGUUGUUAUACCGUUUGAAGAAGAAACCUUAACUACUCAUUUUGGGUUUAAUUAUUGGUGUACCUUUGUUCUAGGUUUAAUUUGUGUUAUCUUGGCCUGCGUUAUAGUGUAUAUGGAUAUGUAUCAUGAUGAAAUUAUAUACAGCUUCUUUGGCGUUAAUCCUCUCAACAGUUACGACGAAGUAGUGUACUUAACUAAGGAAGAGCGGAAAGAUUUGAGGCGACAUCAAACGAUUAAACACAACAGAUCUAUGACGAAAUCCGGCGACAUUCCAUUGGUUGAAAUGGAAGCUGCUCCACCGGUUGAAGCUGAGGAUGAUGAUGACGAUGUGGAGUAUAUUCCUGUAUAUUUAAAAAGAAAGACUGUUGUACUGGCACCAACUAUUAAUCGUGGUAACAAACCAAACAGACAUAGAAUGCCAUUGCCUCCUCCCUCUACCAGCAAUGCUUCAUAGUUGGGAUAAGAUAAAAAUUAAUCACAACAGAAUAUUUAACUUCUCACUCGUAAAAUGUGCUUAAACUUUUUUUUUGUAGAAUUCUUAUACUAAAUAUAUACUUUUCGCUUCAAA